AUGUCUAAGGAAGUUACUAUGUGCACGCAACUCCAACAAUGGAGCCCCGUGAAGGAGACGGCGGGGGCUCCGCAGGCGCCGCCCUCCGUUGGCUACUGCUUCCACACUCCUAAGAAGCACCCGUGGAGGCCUAUCAUGGGAUACGAGGAGAUUGAAGUUACUCCUAUGCCGUCGCAACCGAUAACGAACACGAUGGUGGAUCCGUGCUACACCCCCGCCGGCAUGGCAGCGGAGCCGUUACGCUUCCCUAACCUGGUGACAGGGUUCGACCGGAGCCCCGAACACGCCGCACGCGCCGCUCUGUACACCCGCUACACACAGUACGAGUGGAAUCAGAACAGCAUCAAGAAUUAUAAUGAAUCUGACGCUAAGAGGAAUUUCUCUGAGAGAAUCAGGAAUGAUAUCAUGAGGAGUAUCAGGGAGACAGAUGAGAUCGGAGCCCAGGGUCAGAGGGAUGCCGGAAGAAGACUCGGCGAGCGCAUCACUGAUACUACCUUCUGGCGCAAUGAGGUGGGGAUAGAAAUGGAGCGGCUGGUAUCGACGUGUGAGAAGCUAAACGACACGAGAAGACAACUGGAGCGAGCCAUCGCCGGCAUCGAGGGUCCAUUGCAUAUUGUGCAGGAGUGCCUCUACCACAGAGAGAAGCGACAGGGUUUGGAGCAAGUCCACGACGCGGUGGAGCAGUCGCUGCUGAGGGAGGUGGCCAUCCUGCGCGAUUGCCAGGACAAGUUCAGGAAUAUGCUCGAAAAGGUGCGGCAACAGUCGAAGAACUGUCGCGCGACGCAGCACGAGCUCGAGACAGACAUGCGCAACAAAGAGUACGCGCUCGGCAUCGACUCCAUGUGCCACCAGCUCAACAACUUCUCCAAGGGCCUGCAAUUCUACGCGGGCAUCGAGCGCUACGACCCCACGGUGUGCGACACGCAGCGCUGGGCCGCCGCCUCGGCCGCCACGCUGCAGCGCUCGCAGUCGGAGCGCGCCAAGGCCAUACAGAUGCUCUCUGACACGGAGAACCUGAUCAACACCUCGGCGACGGAGAUCUGGGACCAAUGGAGCAACACCAACAGCUCACUCACGCGCCGCAUCGCCGAGACCAUCGAGAUUAAGAACAAGUUGCAACUGCACCUACACAAGGUCCAACAAGAGAUCUUCGACAUCGAGAAGACGCUGGAGCUGCUGAACAAGGCCAUCGAGGACAAGCUGCAGCCCAUGAAGGUGGCGCACACGCGGCUGCAGGCGCGCACCAACCGCCCGCACCUCGAGAAGUGCCGCGACGAGGCGCAGAACAGGCUGGUGAAGGAGGUGUGCGACCUGCAGGCGACGAUGGAGCUGCUGCGGUCCAAGAUCGCGGCGGCGGAGGGCACGCACCAGACGCUGCUGGGCGUGCGCGCCGGGCUGGAGGCCGACCUGCGCAACAAGACCACCACGCUGUUCAUCGACCGCGACCAGUGCAUGGGGCUGCGGCGCGGGUACCCCGUCACCGCCGCCAUCAAGGGGUAG